AUGGCAAAACUGGCAAAGGGUCGCCCGAAAGUCGUGCCAGGUCAGGCACCGUUCGUGAUUGUACCAGAUGAAUGCAUCUAUGUGGACCAGCAGACGCUCAAGCUUCAGGAGAGCCCGGAAGUCGUCCCGACCGGCGAGAUGCCUCGCAACAUCAUCGUGGUUCUCGACCGAAACCUCGUGGACAAGGUGUCCCCUGGUACCCGCGUCUCCAUCAUGGGAAUCGCCUCGUUGUACAACUCCGCCGCUGCGAAGAAGCAGGUCGGAGGUGUGGCCAUUCGCACUCCCUUCAUGCAGGUUGUGGGUAUCGCGGUGGAAAGCGAGGGGGCUGGUCGCGCGUCCGUCUCCUUCACGCCGGCAGAAGAGGAAAAGUUCCUUGCCAUGUCGCGAACGCCAGACAUCUACCAGAAGAUGGCGUCGUCGAUCUCUCCCUCCAUCUCCGGAGACUACACCGUCGACAUCAAGCGAGCGCUGGCUUGCUUGCUCUUCGGGGGGUCGCGAAAGGUGCGCACUCGUCUUCGCGGAGACAUCAACGUGCUCCUGCUGGGAGACCCGUCUACCGCCAAGAGCCAGUUCCUCAAGUUCAUAGAAAAGGUGGCUCCCGUUGGGGUGUAUACGUCUGGAAAGGGCAGCAGCGCAGCGGGUCUCACGGCCUCGGUAAUCAAGGACUCUAGAGGGGAGUUCUACCUGGAGGGGGGUGCCAUGGUGCUGGCCGAUGGAGGAGUUGUUUGCAUCGACGAAUUCGACAAGGCGAGGGGGCUUUGGCAGAGUUUGAGGGGGCGGAGGGGGGCGGGGGAGGGGAGGCAGACUGCUUUGCUUUGUCCCGCUUGCUUCCCACGGCACUUGGCGAAGGAAAAACAUAUUAACCUGUUGCUGGUUGCUGUCUAGGUAAAGUGAUGGGAAUGACUAGCUCGUGGCAAUGGCGGCAAAACGCUGGCCCACCCCAAAGGAUGAGGAUUAGACGUGAAAGCAGCGCCCUCGAUGUUGUGGUAGAACCGCGAUCACCCCACCUCCAUCCUCUCGACAGUUAUUCGGCAGAUAAGCGUUCUCUAGUACUUUUUGAAACCCAAGCUAUUCCGGCGCUGAGGACCAUCAUGUAUGUAGCAGCCUGUAUUGUUGUGCGUACUUUGGAUCCUUCCCCCGGGUGCUUAUGCCGCAGAAUAUUCACCGGUACCCUCACUUUUCGGGCGCUCCGUACCUGGUGUCAUCGUUGCCCCAUCAUAUUUCAUAUUUUAUCUUUCAUCUUUCAUCUUGUGACACUAAGAUGAGGGAGUCGGACCGCGUUGCGAUUCACGAGGCGAUGGAGCAGCAGACCAUUUCGGUGGCGAAAGCGGGCAUCACCACGAUCCUCAACAGGCAUGUGUGACGCUCGCUAACCCUUACCACGGAGGACGACUUAGGGCCUUGAUUGAAAAUAUUGACUGAACCACCUGUUAGGCAUUAACAUCAUACAUAAGUACAUGGUUCUUGAUGCUUGUUCCAAUCUGUUUGAUAUGACACUAUGCUACGUGUAUCCAUUUAAUCCGCAUGACGUUCAUUCGAUUCACGAAAGAUGGGCCGGGCCCAUUGUUUCGCUCUCGGCUUCGGUAUCGCAUUGCUGCUACUAGAUUUCGACGAUUUACGCUAUCUACGCUUGCUACGAAGUUCCUCUCGGUCGCUGCCGUACCUCGCACAUACUGUAAUUAUUUG